ACAAGCCCCCCUCAGCAGAGCUAUAUUUAAAGCCUGAUGGGAACAAAAUAACUUUUUUUGUGUUGCACCCAGAAAAGAAAAUGCAUCUCUGUACACUGAUCCUUGGCAUUUGGCUUCUCCCAAAAGUCAACACUCUGAAAUGUUAUGAGUGUUUACCUUCGCCCUCUGGAUCUUGCACUGACACUCCCAAAGAAUGCCCUACGGAUAAGUGCAGUACCCUCAAAAUGGUUACCUAUGCCGGUACCUCAAAAGUCAUGGAUAUGACCAUGAAAACGUGUGCCGUGGGCCCAGAGUGUGUUGACGCUUCAGUCAACUUUGGAAUUUCCAAGACUCUGGUGGCCAACAAGUGCUGCACGACCGCUCUCUGCAACGACAAGCCUGGCUCCGACUUCGUCAAAUCUAAACCAAAUGGCAAAAAGUGCUUCACCUGUGACGGAUAUUCGUGCACCAGUACUCUAAGCUGUGAGGGAAGUGAGGACCACUGUGUUAAAGCAACAACGGCUGGAGGAAAUGAGAAAGUGACCUUGAAGGGCUGCGCCUCCAAAAUGGCGUGUUCAGGUCAAAUUAAACAGCAGAUGGCUCAAAGCAUGGGAGAAUUCACCUGCUGCCAGGGAGACUUCUGCAACAGCGGCAGCAGUGUGAGAGCUGGCCUGCUGCUGUUGGUGGUGCCGCUGAUCUCUUUGGUCCUGUGUUCAUAGAGGACGAUGAUGAUGGUGCCAGCAUCGCUUCCUUGUAUUUAUCAUCUCAUAUUUGCUUUGUAAAAGUGAGAUCAGGUUAUUUUUUUAAAUUUCAAUUACAAAGUUUAACAUGCUUAAAAUGCCAUUUUAAAAUGCCACUUUUCGCUUCGGGCAGUUUCUGAUGUGCUCAGGGUUUCCCUCAUCCAUGCUGUCUCAUUCAAAUUAAAAAAAUGAUAUAAUAGUCAGUGCCAAAAUAAAGUGGAUUUCUGUUUAAAUUGCAGUUAUUAAAAAUGUUUUGAUAUUUACAUAUGAACAAAUUUGCAUGUGUGUCCUUUCUUAUUUGACUGAAUCAUAUUUUGGAUUUUUGAUACUUGUCCAUGUAGAGGUACACUCUUGUGUUAUCUGCAUACUUUGAAUGUUUAAAAUAAAAUAAAAAUACCCUGUCUUUUA